CGAGCAUAGUCCUUGAAAACAAAUAAAAAUGUGCUUGAAAGACUUAGAAUUUAACUUUGAAGCAUCUGUACCAGGUGUUUAUGAUUUCCACAGAACAUUUCAUUGGAACCAUUCUUAAAAGAAUAUUCCGUGUUCAAUUCAAGUUAAGCUCAAUCGACACCUUGUGUGGCAUAAUGCUGAUUAUCACUAAAAUAAUUUCGACUCAUCCCACUUUUCUUUAAAAAUUGCAAAAGUUGAGGUUACAGUGAGGCACUUACUGUACAAUGGAAGUGAAUGGGGCCAAUUUUUGGAGGGUUUAAAGUAAAAAAUGUGAAUCUAAUCAUUUUAUAAAAGCGCUUACAGUCAAUGUUGGGGAGUAACGGAAUACAUUUAACGGGAUUACAUAUUUAAAAUACAAAAUAUAAGUAACUGUAUUCCACUACAGUUACAAUUUAAAUCAUUGGUAGUUAGAAUACAGUUACAUUCAAAAAGUAUUUUUAUUACUGAAGAGAUUACUUUGCAUUUUAUUGUCAUUUGUUUCAUUUAAUAUUUAGUCCUCUCAGAUGGAAAACAUUUAUACAUAUAAAUGAUGCGAUCCAAUGUGCAUUUGAACAGCAGUGAAACACUUUCUUAUGGUGUUACAUUCAUACGAGCAGACAGAGAAGUAAGUUUGAAGUAAGUUUGGAGCAGAAGAAAUAGAAAUAAACCUUGUGUAAAUUGUCAGCUUUACAUUAAGCUAAAUGCUAUUUCUAUCCAUUUUACAUGCACAUGAUGCCAGCCAUGAUCAUAUUUCACAAGGAAAUUCACGUCAGAUCAUAAUUUCUUUUUUUUUUUCCUUGUAAGACAUUUUAUAUUAGUGCAAAAAUCAUAUUCUUGAUAAUAAUUUUGGUAUUGUUUUCCUGUAAAAAUAUCUAAAAAUCCUUAAAACACGAUAAAUUUGAUUUAUCUUGUUUUAGAAAACAACGCUGCAUACGAUAUUUAGGUUUUUAACAUGUGUAUGUUGUCUUACUGUACUGGCAGAGAUUUUAUAGUCAAAACAAGUGAAAAAAAUCUACCAGUGCUGAAGAAGUAAUCCAAAGUAUUUAGAAUACAUUACUGACCUUGAGUAAUCUAAAGGAAUACAUUACAAUUUUCAUUUUACAGCAUUUAUUCUGUAAUCUGUAGCGGAAUACAUUUCAAAAGUAACCCUCCCAACCCUGCUUACAGUAAUUCUUUUGCUAAAACUUGUGUAUUAUUUGAGCUGUAAAAUUGUUUAAAUUGAAAUUUCUUAUGGUUGUCUUAGGGUUUACGGCAUUAUGUUAUCAUGGCAACUAAAUUGUAAAAACUCAAAUCAUGUAAGCAUCAUGUCUAUGUAAGCAUCUAUAUGUGACGAGGAAGAGGGCGUGUCCGGCCCGUGAUGGAUCAGCACUGAAUCAGCUGAUCAGCAGGAGAGCGAGAUAAAGGGGAGACGGAGGCACCAGUUUGAGAGAGAGAGACGCAUGCGGCCGCACUGCACGCGUGUGCGCGUGUUGACAAAUUUAAGUGGUUUACGAGGACUUUUUUUUUUUAGGUAACAAACUGGUAAUUACAAGGGUGUUAUGCUAUAAAUGUGGUUCAUGAGGACAUUUCUAGUGUCCCCAUAAUUCAAAUCGCUUAAUUUAUUGAAAAUGUAAAAAUGCAGAAAGUUUUUUUGUGAGGGUUAGGUUUAGGGAAUAGAGUCUAUAGUUUGUACAGUAUAAAAAUCAAUAUGUCUGUCAUUAUGAUAGCUGCACCAAUGUGUGUGUGUGUGUGUGUGUGCACAUGUGUGUGGUUUUAAGUUCAUUUAUAUCAUCAAACCUUAUGUUUACUGUUGAACCGGUUCCUGCUUCCUCCUUGCCCAUCCUUUUUACUGUUACAUUUAUUUUUUAACUGUACACACAAGUGUGAGCAUGUAAUCUGUUGAUAGUUCUUGAUAAGAUUACUGGUUACUGAUAUGAACACCAAGACAGGAUAAAAUAAUUGUUUUCGGAAAAUAAUAGUAUAAUACAUACUAUAACACUUUUGUGAAACAAUGUAAUGCCCUCCUCAAAUAUAAUGCAAUAUAAAAUAUUCUUACCUUUGUAAAUGCUUGUGCUUAUAAUUUUCCAUGCAAUCAGUAGCUGUUUAUAACUUUCACUUCUACUGUGUGGACCUUGUCUUAUCAGAUUGUUAUAUCUGCAGAUAAAGCAAGUCAUUUGAAAUUGUAUUUGUUUAUACACUUUGAAAAGGCACACAACCUCUCGUAAAGAAAUAAAAUGAUCAAAGUUAGAAUAAGGACAGGUUACUCGCUGUAGCACUGACAAACUCGGCCCAAUUUUAUGUUUUGCUGAAUGUGGUUUGACAGCUUCACGUUUUGGUAAAGAAAAUAACAGAGUAAACAUCCCAAAACCAUUUCAUUACAAGCGUUCAUUUUAAUCAUACAUUUAUUUAAAGACUAGCCUUAAAUUCAUAUUGACAUUUUAUAAGAGGGUUAUUGUUAGAACCCAUGUUGUGUUUGCCGUCCACAAAAUGGGUCGGCACAGUUUUAAUCUCCUAGUGUUGCACCACAUAAAUGGCUCAGAGGAAUUGUAGUAAAGGCUCUUGGGUAGUAUUUUAAUCUCAUGAAAGGCCUUUUGGUCACAUUUUCUUUGGCAGCUUACAUUUAAUUCUGGUUAAGUUCCUUUUGUAGACCCAAAAGCAUGUGACUAAUCUUAACUUGAAUAUUGUGUCAGAAGAGAUUCAUUGGCAAACUUUUAAACAGUAUGAAAUAACUUUUAUGUUUUCUCAGUAAUAUAAAGGUUGCAAGGGCAUGCCCAUUCAUAAAUGUGUCUUAAAACUCUGCUGUUUGCUUUCCUGUGCAGUUCAGUCAGCUCUUGCCCCGACAUUCCUAAUGUCAGUUUCUUUAUGAGUCAUUGAGUCUCAUGAGGAAGCUUACUUUUUCCUUGACUACCAAGAAGAACAGCUCACUGGUAGUGUUGCUAUUUUUCUCGGGUUUGGCUUAUUUGGUUCCUGUUUACAGUUUAAACUUUUAAUUGUAAAACAAAUGUGUAACGUGAUGCAUGAGGCUGCUCUGUGCGCCAUGAAAUUGCAUCCGAUGUGGCAGGAGCCGCUCGCUGUUCCCGGUGGAGACCGACAAUCGCCCAUUGACAUUGUGAUGCGCAAAAGCGUCUUUGACCCACAACUCAAACCCCUAAAGGUGCAAUAUGACCCGAGGACCUCCCAGCAGAUAUGGAACAACGGCUACUCUUUUCUCGUCGAAUAUGACGACACAACCGACAAAUCCACUGUAAAGGGAGGACCGCUGGAGGAUCAGUUCAGACUGUGUCAGUUUCAUUUUCAUUGGGGGGAGCACAACGCCUGGGGCUCAGAGCACUCGAUAGAUCGCCGCCUUUACCCUGCUGAGCUCCAUAUUGUUCACUGGAACUCUGAAAAGUACAGUUUAUUUGAAGAAGCUGUAAUGGAGGACAAUGGAUUGGCUGUUAUUGGAGUCUUUCUGAAGGUUGGAAAGAGGCACGAAGGUCUGCAGAAAUUGGUGGAUGCCUUGCCUGCCGUCCGACACAAGGACAGUGUGGUAGAGUUCACCAAGUUUGACCCUGCAUGUCUUCUUCCGGAGAACAUUGAUGACUAUUGGACAUACGCAGGCUCUCUGACUACUCCUCCUCUUACUGAGGCAGUGACAUGGAUCGUAAUGAAACAGCACAUUGAAGUCAGUCAUGAUCAGUUGGCAGUGUUUCGAAGCUUGCUGUUCACAUCGGCAGAGGAGCAGGUGCAGAGAAGUAUGGUCAACAACUUCCGCGUCCAGCAGGAUUUAAAGGGACGGACAGUCCGUUCCUCCUUUACCCCCUUCCUACAAGACCCUCCACAAAUGGAGCAGUAACCUACAAUCCUGAUUUAAACCAUAUCGUGACCAUUAAAGGAAGCACAGACACUGCAGUCACCAUCUCCAAGUGAUUGCUGAUAUCAAUACGGUCUUGAACUGGAUUUUCAAAUGUUCAGAGUGCCCAACUCAUUAAGCAGCUAGAUGUGUAGGUGUAGAUUGGAGAGAUUUGGUUGAAAGGGUUAAGCAAAGAUAUAGUGUAGUUACUAAGAGGACUUGUUAAUGCUCAAAUUCCAUAAAUUCCAAAGUAUCAAAAGUGUUAUUUGUUAGUUCAUGGAAUACUUUUUCAUGUUGGUAUAUUUGGUGCAUUUUGGUAUGUACUGUAUACAUGGCUAGAAUUCAACAAGUAGUCAUUUCAAAAUGUAACACAACCACAAUUUUCUCCCCCUAUGCAGUGACAAGAGGUGUCCAUGUUUCAAGACAAACAUUUCCCUCUUGUGGAUGACUGAGAAAAUACACAUGCCUUGUUUUGGGGUACCAGCCCUGGCACCUGUCUUAUUUACUUUUUAUUAAAAAAAAUUAUAUAUAUAUAUAUAUUUAGUUUAGUGGCACACUUACCUUGUUUACUGCCUGAGGGAAUUUCUUUUAAGCAUGAAACUGCACAAUGCUUUAUGACUGUUUUUACAUGUUUAAUGGCCUUUAACUGGUUAUAUUUUCAGAAAAGCCAGUCUAUGUCUAGAGACUAGAGAAAUUAAAUAAAGAUUUAUUAGAUAACAUUUGACUAUUGCAAUAUAAUUAAGACUAGAAUAAUACAUUUUAUUAAAGGUGCACUGGAAAUGUAAAAAUCUGAGGUGAAGAGGAGUCGAUUAAUGCGCACAAUCGUUUAAUUAUAAAGCAUUACUGUAUUUGGUAUGUACAGAUUAGUACAGAAUAGGUCAUCAUCAUCCAUAGUGCCUUUACAAUUGUACAUGAUUACUGAUUAAAUCUCCAUUACUAAUGUAAUCCAAAAAUCUGAUCAAUUACACUAGUUGUUGGCCACAUUUGCAUUGGGCUAAAUAUACAGAAUAUGCACCCAGUAGCCCACAUUCUAAAUUGUUGUACAACUAUAUUGUUAUUGGUUUAGCUGUAUUUUUGAAAGUGUGUUCAGUGUUGCUGAUUUUGUAGCUGAGAUUUAUUUGGCAGUGUAUGUGUCUUUCCAUCUAAUUUGGAGAGCAACCUCCAUUUUUAUGCAUGUGUUUUCCAUUUCUCCAUUUUCUACACUAGAGGCAUCGGAGAUACAUGAGAUCAGGCACAAUGUAGCUUUGGGAACUACAGUAAGACCAACUGACUGUUAUAAUUGAAGAAAAUAAUAAUCUUGGUGCUUUCAUUGCAUUCCAUUUUCAUUUUCUGAAACAUGCUAUAAGCAUUAAGAAUGAAAAAUUAGACACUAAUAUUGUACUUCUUAUGUUGAUACAAGUAUUAUUUGAGUGCAAGUGAGUUGUGGGAUUUUUAUUUUGGGCAGUUGGAAAUUUGUAGAUUUGCUUGAUAUUUAGAAGAUAUGUGAACUGAAACAUCAGUGUUCAGUUACAUGGAGGUGCAGCAACAGCAGAAGUUCGACAUGCAGGGUUUUUUUCUUUGCAAAGAGACACUAUUUUCUUUGUGAUUGCUGCAUAACAAUGUUCUUCUACAAACUGUCCCUAAAGUGGCCUCCCAUCUGAAUGGGCUAACUGGUUCUCUCCCUGUUGGGUUGAUGGUUGAAAUUUAUGAACUAGAUUGGAAAGCUGGAUUUGCAAUAUCCAAACACUGGCUUACAGGGAGGCUGGGAUCCUUUCCCUCCACCUGCCCAAGUCUUCAGCUCUCUGCUCCUAGUAAAAAAAAAGUAGUGAACAUUCUUUCACACGAGGAGGCCCUGGAACAAUGUUUUCUUUUUGAGGCAGAGUUGAAUAGCAUGUGAAGACACCAUUUGUUGUUUGGAUUUGAAUUUGAAUGUACACUGUAAUCUCUCAUUCAUGCUGUCUAAAAUGUAGUGUAUAACAUAAAAAAAUGAAAUAAAGCAAUAUUAAGUCAA